AUGACUUUACUUCAGCACAGUCCCAACCUGAGCGCGCUGUGGGACCCCAGCGCGCCCAGACACGCCGCGCUCAGCAGGACGGGACACACCGCUGUGGCCGUGGUGCUGGGUUUCAUCUUUGUCCUUGGCUUUUUGGGAAACUUCGUGGCUUUGCUGGUUUUCUCACGCUACCCCGUUCUCCGGACCCCCGUUAACCUGCUCCUGAUCAACAUAAGCGCCAGUGACAUGCUCGUGUGCAUCUUUGGGACCCCCAUGAGCUUCGCCGCCAGUGUGCGCGGCAGGUGGCUCACCGGGAGCUACGGGUGCCGCUGGUACGGCUUCUCCAACGCGCUCUUCGGUAUUGUGUCUCUGAUCUCGCUGUCCCUGCUCUCCUUUGAACGCUACUCUGCAGUGGUCCACAGUGUUCCAUCAGAUUCCUCUCAGUUUGGACGCGCUCGCUUUGCUGUGUCUGCCUCUUGGCUUUACUCUCUGGCCUGGACCUUGCCUCCUUUGCUGGGCUGGAGCAGUUACGGUCCAGAGGGUCCUGGGACGACCUGCUCGGUUCAAUGGGACAGGCAGUCGCCCACAGCUCGCUCUUAUGUGAGCUGUCUGUUCACCUUCUGUUUGCUGCUGCCUCUGCUGCUCAUGCUCUUCUGCUACGGGAGGAUCAUUAUGGCCGUGCGCACCGUCACAAAACAGGUCCCUCGGUUAAGCCAGUCCGCAGCGGAGAGGCGGGAGGGGCGGGUGCUGCUGAUGGUGGUCUCCAUGGUGACGAGUUACCUGGUUUGCUGGCUGCCCUAUGGUGUGGUGGCGAUGCUCUUCUCUUUCGGACGUCCCGGAGCAGUGCCUCCUGUGGCCAGUCUAGUGCCCUCUCUGUUGGCUAAGACCAGCACAGUGCUGAACCCGGUCAUAUAUGUGCUCCUCAACAAACAGUUCUCCAGAUGUUUCAGACACAUGUUCAGCUGGACCUCGGAGGCCGUGCCCACCCCAGUGCACCAGUCCUUCCCCAGCAGCAGAGGAGCAUGGAUCUACCCCCCAGAAAUGCCCUCAGUGGACCAAGACUCCUCUCCAGAUACAUUCUUUCCCCAACCACAGAAACAGGGACCGCAGCACACACAAACGCUGGUGGCAUAUUACAAUGGAGAAACCUAA